AUGGAGAGCACAGAGGCGCUUGCCUCGCUGGCGAGUGCAUCGCGGCUUGCCUCUCUUCAGCACCCAGCGAUUUCUUCUCAUGCUUUCGACGCAGGCGGCGCAUGCCGCCCGAGUGUCAAUCGCUGGCCGUUGAGCGGUCUUCUCCCCUCAUCCUCGCCGAGUCCUUCGUCUCCGCCAUCUUUCUGCCUCUCCUCUCUCCAGGCUGCCUUUCUGCCCUCUGCAGUCUCCAGCGCCACUUCGCUUUGUCAGCUUCCACACCCCUCUCCCCCCAGUUCGUCCCUCUCCUCUGCCUUCGCGUUUUGUUCUCCCUACGCGUUCGCGCUUCCUUCCUCUCAUUCGCCUGCUCAUCCGGCCUCAUCGCUGGCGUCCCCGUCGAGGCCUUUGUUUGCAGCUCCGCAGGUCGCUUCUUCGACAGUCUCGCGACCAACUCUCUCCGUCCCCGGGUUGCCUCUCUCUUCGCUCGCUCCCUGGCCUGGAGCCGGCGCUCCAGGCUCGCUGUGGCCUGCUCUAGCCUCCACCCCGCCUCAAGGAGCCUCGAUGUUUCCAUCGCCUCUCGGGUUAUCUCUGCCUCCGUCGGCUUGUCCUUCAGCUGACGCUCGCGCGUCUUCUCGUUGUUGGCUUCCCUCUGCUGUGCCUCGACUUUCCACGCCCCUCGCGCCCUCCUGUCGCGCUGCGUCGUCUUGGUCGCGCCUUCUGCUCGACGCUGCUCAUCCCAGGAGGGCGUUCGCCUCUUUCGCGUCUCCUCCGGUGCAUCCAGGCCACACCACGGUGUCUUCCUCUUCUUUGCCCGGCUUCCAGGCGCGGAGUCGCGCCUUCUCCGCCGCGGGCACGUCCAGCUCGCCCGCCGUCUCUGAGUUCGUGAAGACGAAAGCCGGGUUCGAACUGCUCUCUUCGCAGGCGGCUGCCGGCGCGGCGUGUGCAGAGAGACAAGCGGAGAUUCCUGGCUCUCGCGCUGCGCCGCCCCGCGACGCCUCGCCUCCCUCGCCCCGCGCCGCCGUUUCCUCCGCGGCCUCCGGCGGACGUUGCGCAGAGGCAGGCUGCGGAGGACCGGUGGCGGGCGGAGCAGAAGAAGGGGAAAAGGCGGAAAAAGGCCACAGCCUCACGGGAACUGGCAACAGUCUCGCGGAGCAAAUCGAGAGGGCACUCGCAGCCGAGGCAUGCCAGAGUGAGCCGGAUGAAGGGCAGCGGAAAAAAAGAAGGCUAGAACUCGCCGCGCUGGCUGGAAGCCCUGAGGUGGCGAGCCCGGCCGAAGGGAUUAACAGAUAUGGAGGGCGCGUAUCGCACUUUUCGCGCAGAGAGGAGAACAAUGGCCAAGCACGUCGCUCUCUCUUUCUGAUGUGGCACACGCUCCUGCGGCCUGAGUCCUCCAGAGGCAGCGACGCGGAAGCUGACGGAGAGAAAGCGCAGCAGCGCAGCGCGUCCCGCGGAAGAGGUGACGCGGGAGGCGAAGAUGCGCGGCAGACAGAACGCGAUGCGUCGGGGGCGGAAGCAGGGGCUGGCGACGCCGAAGAGCGAGAGACUCCGGAGAGGCGGCAGGGCAGGGAAGAGGAGGAAAGCGAACCCAGCUGUCUCCUGCCUCUGUGGAUGGUAGACUUGAUCUCGACAGAACUCGCGAAGCAGAACGCUGGGGCCGGCGGAGGCGCUGCCCAAGAUUCAGCAGAAAACCCGCUUCCGGAAAACCGAAGAAAAAUCCAGUCCCUGCCCACAGACGCGCCGCAGGCUUCACCACCCGAUGUUGGCGCUGCCACUUCACAGCAUCUCGUCUCCCUCUGCUCAGACGCGGUGACGCACGCGAAGCGGGAAAGGCUGGGCUCUGCUCGUGUCUCUGAAUCGCCAGAAACUGGCUCGUUCUCGCGCGGAGCACGCGCAGAGGGGAGAGAUGCAGGAGCCGCUUCCGAGUGUCUAGACAUCCCAGCUGACGAACGACUCUGGUCGCGCGUCGCAGCGGCCACCGGCCUCUCUGUGCGGCUCUGCUGCAGAGCUUGGCGCGCGAGCCUGGAUGAGCGAAACUUCCUCAGUGAGACGAGAGAACGCAAUGACGAGACUCUGCUUGUUCGAGAGUCGAGAAAGGGCUGGCCGCCUCGUGCUCCCUGA